GAUAUACACACACUCCUCCUCUCCCCGAGUUGGAACUCCAUCUAAGGACCGAGCACACACUCCUCGUCUGCUACCAUACACCACCAAGCUCACCACCAACAGACAUGGCUGACCAACUAACAGAAGAGCAGAUCGCAGAGUUCAAGGAGGCGUUCUCCUUAUUCGACAAGGACGGCGACGGCACCAUCACCACCAAAGAGCUUGGUACCGUGAUGAGGUCUUUGGGCCAGAACCCCACAGAGGCGGAGCUCCAGGACAUGAUCAACGAAGUGGACGCCGAUGGUAACGGAACCAUCGACUUCCCCGAGUUUUUGACCAUGAUGGCCAGAAAAAUGAAGGACACAGACAGUGAGGAGGAGAUCCGCGAGGCUUUCCGGGUAUUCGACAAGGACGGAAACGGCUACAUCAGUGCUGCAGAGCUCCGCCACGUCAUGACAAACCUGGGAGAGAAGCUGACGGAUGAGGAGGUGGACGAGAUGAUCAGAGAAGCAGACAUUGACGGAGACGGACAGGUCAACUAUGAAGAGUUUGUACAGAUGAUGACCGCAAAGUGAAGCUCGCCCGCCCCGCCCUCCCCCCUCUUAGAAGAAAAAAAAAAUUCAAAAAUGUUUUACUUACCUCUUGGGAAAAAAAAAUAUGUUCAUUUAUUCAUACUGUUUCUGUAUAGAAAAUAAUUGAAUGUUGAAAUAAAAUAUUCUUCUGUCCACACAGGAAAAAAUAUAUAUAAAAAAAAGACACAAAAAAUGAUCUGCAUGAAAACGAUGGUUAGUGGUCCUGUUCCCGCCCAUCCCUCUCUUCGUCCCUCCUCCUCCCUUCUGAAAUCCGUUUAACAUCAGUACUUAAGACAACGCAACACCAGUAACAGCCAACCCCUCCCAACUCCCAAGCUGCAGCAGCUGGCUAACUCCCGAGCAGUUUCCCCGGCCCCUGGUCCAUGACCCAGCGGGCAGGCCAUCUCCUCUUCAUCAGUUUUCUGUUCUUCAUGCAUGCAGCUUGAGACCGGAACGCUAAAGCCUUUCCCUCCCCACCCCCCUCCUUCUCUUCCUCCUCCUCUUCCUCCGCCCUUACCCCCGGUUGAACAGAGCCGUGCUGAUUUCACUAUAAGCUGUCCUAUUGUUGGUUUGGUACAGUUCUGUUUGUUUUUUCAUUUUAUACUUGGAGAGGAACUCUGUACUGUUAAAUUGAGCGAAUAUACCAGGUUCUUAUUCAAGUUGAAAACAUUACAAUGGGACUUAAUUGUAUGCUAGAUAAAAAGAGAAAAAAAAAGAAAAAAACAACCCUUUUUUUUUCUUCAAAUGUUUGGCAUGUUUAUUUGUUUUGGUUUCUGUUAUUUGGACGGCCAUCGAUCUAGCUGUGUCUCCUGCCCUCAUUUAAAACGAAAAAUACUACAGAAUACGGUCGGGCACUAUUAAGUCUUACAGGUGAAAACUUUGUUUUUGUUUUUGUUUUGGAUUCUUUUUGUUUUGCCGAGACGGAGCGUCUGUCCUCUGCCCUGGCGUGAGCGAAUCACUGGCCUUUUACGUUUUAUUUCGUUUUCUUUUUUUUCUCUUCCUCUCUCUUGAUUCUCGACUCAGACCGGAGUGCGGCGGCGUGCGCGUGCGUGUCAGUCUGUCACUCGGCGGGGGGGUCCGGCGUGGUGGGCUGCGCGCCCCUCGGCGCGUUGGGCCUUGAGCGACGCUGCCGCCGACCGUGCCCCGCCCUCCCGCCCUGGGCUCCUCUGGGUUCAGUUUACAUUCAUUCCAAGUUGUACAUGCUAGUCUUUAUUUUAUUUUAAUUUUUUUUUUUCAAAUAAAAAAAGAUCAUGAA